AUGGAGUAUGCAUUAAAUUAUAUCAGUUCAUUUGCUUUUGGAUUAUCACUUUCAUUCAUUCUAUUGUUAUGUUUCUGUUGGAAUAAAAAACAAAGUUUAACUCAAAAAAGACACAAUCCUAUUACUGAUAACAGUGUUACUUCCUGCCAAAAAAUCACUUACAAUCACCAUAAAUCUUUCACAGUUAGACUCAUUCGACCGCAUAAAUGUGCACUUAAUACUGUUGCCAAUACUGCCACUACUACUGCUGAAACUAAAACUAUCACUACCACCAAGGUUAACAUCAAUCAUGAUACCACCAAUCAUGUAUCAAUUAAAAAUUCUAAUUUAUUCGUCAAUGAAGAUGAUUUGGCGUAUGCUACCACAAUUGGACUAAAUACAAAUAUGAAUAGUACGGAUAUUAUAUCUCCUAGUAGUUAUCCAUUACUACAUCAAGACAGCAAUACACAUAGGAAUUGUGAACUUCCACCAGUACCGACAUACUUCGAUGCGGCAUUUACUGAGAAUAAACAAAUUAAAAUUGAUCAUCAUCAAACUCAUGUUGAUCAUGCACCAUUACCAGAAGAUAACAUGGAUCAAUUAACAUGUUAUUAUUAUUCAAUCCCAACAGUGAAACAACUAGUUAGUAAUAAGCAUCAUUUAUAUGAUGUUACCAUCCCUAAAUUAUUACAAUCAAUUAAAAAAAAUUCAUUAACAGGAGUUUCUGAUACAAACAAUCGAUGUUAUUCAUUAUGUGAUGAUGAUGUUGAUGAUCCAACAUCGGAUUCUGAUGGGUUGUAUGCGAGUGUAAGUCAUCCUCCGCCUCCAUUUCCCUCUUCUACGAUUGGUAACAAUUUUGUUACACAAGAAACACUUCAACACAUAGAAACAAUAGUUAAUGUAAAUAUUACUCCGACUACUACUACUAAUAGUAAUUCAAUGCAUACUAAUAAAAACAUGACUGGAAAUAGACGUGAUCCCUGUCAAUCACAUUAUUCUCAAUUAAAAGACGAAUGUAACAUGGGUAAUAAUAAUAGUAGUAAUAAUGAAAAGAAGCGGGACGGUAAUACAAAAAAUCAGUACCAUGGUGUUACUAUAGUUACCACGACCGCUAAUAAUGCCGGUGUUACACUUCAAUUUCCAAAAUUCUCUUCAAAGAUUUCAAAUGAUAAUAAUAAUGAUAAUUAUAACAGUAAUAAAAUUACUGAUAACUGUCAACUAUCUAAUCAACCGACUUGUCAUAAUCAUACAAAGAUUGGAAAUUGUUACCAAUGUUCCACAACACCUUGUGUUCAUCUGUAUGCUCAAGUUACACCGUGUACAAGAACACAACAGUCUACUCUCGCUGACUCAGAAAUGAAAUCUAAUAAUAAUAAUAGUGUCUAUAGUUCAAAUUAUAUACGACCACCGAUCCCAGUCAGAGGUUAUGAUCAAACAGAUAUUGACUUAGUGAAUCAAAUAAGAAUCUCAUCUCGUCAAUUGGAUGUUACAACACCAGAUCAAUCGAUUGAUCAUGAUGUUGAAUCACGUAGAGUUCUUACAGAAACAAAUUAUCGUCGUAUAAAUGUCUGUGAAUCGUUGGCUAAUUUAUGUUCACCAUUAUUAUGCAACAGUACAAAACAUAAUUAUCAUCAAUGUUUUGAUGAUUCCGAUACUAAUCAAGAAUCUUCCGAAUACGAACGUAUUUAUUCGAUUACUUCCACGGAAUCGACGGCAAGAAAUAUUGUUCAAUUAGUUUCACCUGAAAAACAAAAUAAUGAAACAACCAUCUCACAUGAUAACAAUAAGCUUGAAAAUUCUUAUACAGAAAUAUCAAGUUCCAUUGAUGAUUUAGCUACUUAUUCUCAAGUGUAUUAUUCCACAGCGUGUGGAUCAAUUGAUUAUCCUAUUGUAAAAACAACUGAAUCAUUCAAUAUGCACAAUUCUUCAUGUUCUCCAACAGUCUUCCAUUCAAAUUCACCUGACCAAAAUACUGAUAAUAAAUCUUAUCCUUAUGGUGAUGAUGUAAUCAUUAAAGAGUCUUGUCAACAUAAUGAUUACACUACAAGUAAUCAUGCUAGUUUAAAUGAUAAAAAUCAACCUAUUUUAAUUAGUAAUCAGUCAUUAACUCCAUCGCUAUUAUCGGAAACAGUAGUUUAUAGUGUAACGGAAUUGCAUCCAUCUAUAUCAUCUAAUCUAAAUGAUAAAAUGUUAGCUGAAAUUCAAGCUUUUCGUCAUAUGGAUAGUGAAUUGGAUCUUACUCAAUCUACCAAAUAUUUUAUGGCGAAUAAUUCACAAACUGAAACACGUCGUUUAUCAGAUUCAUUCAUGAAUGAAAGUGAAGAGGAACAGAAGACUACGGGUAGCACAUUACAAGUUGUAACACAGUCAUUAUAUAACCAAAAUCAACGUGAAGACACUGGACUAAUGACUCCAUUAAUGGAACGUUCAACAGAAGAUUGUUCACGACUGUCAACAAUUCAUCGAACUUAUUCAAAAGCGAUUAAAUUUGAUGGUCAAUCGUCUUCAUCAUUAUCACACUCAACAAUUUUAUCACCAUCUUCUUUAUCAUUAUGUAGUAAAUCAAUUAAAUCACCGGCAAAUUAUUCAAUAUCUGAUUUCCCUUCUUCUGCACCUCCCAUUGUUGUAACAGUCAGUGGUAAUUGUAAUGUUGCUCCAUUUGCACGUGCUGAAUUCUCUUUCAUCUCUGAUCCUUCAGCCUAUGAUGAUAUUGACAAUCUUUAA